GAAACUUUCCUUGCUUGUGAGUGUAAGUGUUCAGAUACACAGCUGAUGGCUGAACUCGAAUGAAGAGGACAUAAUGAUAACAAGAAAUGUUGUGAGCUUCUCUUGGAUUACAGUUCUGGUCAACUCACAGUGGAAAUACUCAGCUUACAACAUUAAGGUUCCUCUCAUCAGCAUUGAUAAGAACCGUAUGAUAACUUUGUAUCCUGAGGAGCACGUUUUGAAGAGGGCACUUCUAUGAUGAGAGACCGCUUGGAGGAACUCCUGCAAAGAGCUCAGGAGUUCUCAGAGGCAGGAAGUGAGAAUGCCAACCCUUUUUCAACGGAGGGUGAUUAUGAUGACUCAGAGGUGGCCGGAGCCAUAAUGCAUCAGGCUGUGGUGUUCGAGGUGGAACCGAUCAUUGAUAAUUUCCUGUCUGAGGCUCAGAAAAUCAGAGAUGAUAUCACAGUGCUGGAAACAGAGGUCCUUAAAUUUGGCCAGCAGCAAAAGAUCCUUGUGGCAACCAUGCGUCGCUUCAGUGUGAUGAAGAAAGAGAGCAGUAUAACUCGGGACAUUAAGCUCCAGGCUGAAAGCCUCCAUCGACGUUUAGAUGCUCUUUCACAACAAGUCCAGAGGACUGAAGACCAGCAGGGACCUACUGCUGCUGCAACAAGAAUACAGUGCUCCCAGCAUACUGCACUCUAUCGCAAAUUCCAGCAGGUAAUGCUGCAGUAUAAUGAGGGUCUGCUGAGCAAGCAGGAGCGCUGUAAGCACUUCAUUAUCCGGCAGCUGGAGGUAUCUGGGAGGGAUGUGACGGAGGAGGAGGUGAAUGGGAUGGUGGCUGCAGGACAAUGGGAUGUCUUCAAUGAGAACCUGCUGAAUGAUGCCAGAAUCACACGUUCACAACUGUCUGAGAUUGAACAGCGACACAAGGAGCUGUUAAACCUGGAGAACAACAUAAAGGAGCUAAGAGACCUGUUCACAGACAUUUUCAUGCUGGUGGAGGAACAAGGAGCCUACAUUGAACACAUCCAGACCAAUGUAGAGAGGACACAGGAUUAUGUGGCUGCAUCUAAUGAGAAGUUCAAGCUGGCAGCCAGGUACAAGAAGAAGAACCCACUUCGACAGCUGUGCUGCUGCUGCUGCCCUCCAUGGAGAUGCUGCUUAUAGAAUAUAUGUAUUAUUAUUUUUUUUUUUACCUCAAUGGUCUUUCCAAAUAUGGUUGUAUUUCAAAAAUAUCUGUUACCUGAUGGGAGUGGGUAACAUUGGACUCAGGAACCAUUAAAGUGAAGGUUAUGGUACUGCAGGUUUUGCUGUUGAACAGUGCAGUGGUGGAGACAGAUUCACCAGAGCAUGGAAAACAAUUAAGAGGAAAGGCCAGGAUUGGUAUUUGAGGCACUUGUUUCUUUCAAGGGGAUGAGGGGGGGACCACUAUUGGAAGAGACAGUUCACUGAGUGCUACUCACCAACAUUGCUGCUUAUUGGAGACCUUCACUGUCAUCUGACAGAGGUCACAAACAAGGCGAGAGCACUGCCUCUGCCAAUGCCAGAUCAGCAACACUGAUAUUUCACCUUUUCCUUUUUUUUAAAAGACUCUUUCAUUUUUUUUUUUCUGCCACAGAAGCUCAAGUUGACAAUCAUUUAUUUUUUAUACAGUAUGUGCACUUUAAGACUUUUUUUUCCUCUCUCUUCUGCUUUUAGCUCACGAUACACUUCACAAAGUGGAGACAGGUUGUUUUUCCACAAGAUUUUGAGCCUUUACUUUGCAUUUCAUUUUCUGGACCACAUGAAAAAAAGAAGAGCUGUUUUAAUAAUUACUCAUUAGUUGAAUUUGCAUUUCAAAGUAUGAUCAUGUUCAGUGGAGAAAAUAUUAUUCCUUUAUUCCAUUUCACAGAAGCACGGAUUCAAGUAAAACUUUGAACAACAAGCUUUGAUCAAAAUGUUCUUUCAUGGUGAAAAGACUGCAAAAAAAAUAAUUGAAUCUAAAAUAGGAUGGUAGUUUUGAAAUCCUGUACUUCAGGAAAUAAAUUCCUAGAGAUGCUUUGUAAUUUGGACAAGAAUUCCAGUGUAAGGUUUAGUGUAUAAGUCCAGGACUCGAACCCUGAGUGUGUUUCAAGUCCUUAUUUUCAGGAUUUGUGACCUGACUGUACCUGAGCACUUAUGACACUGAGUUAGACUCAAUGUUAGAUGCAUUGACUGCAUUCAGACUCAAAGAUGUAAAGGAGGACUUAUUUAUUGAUAAAUACUGUUGUGUUUGUAGGUACUGCUUUAUUAGUUUUUUUUUUAUAUUUAAGGCCUUGAUCAAUUCAGAUUCGGCGUGGGUUGUCAAGUUUGUUCAACUGUAUACUUGCUGUCUUGUUCAGCAACAGCUCCUGGCAGAAUGCCUAACGUGCUAUGAACUCUGAGUUUUGCUUCCAAAGAUUUCACAGCCAAUGCAAACAAGAGUACUACAACAUGUUUGAUAUGUGAAGGAACCAUUGAAGAGUACACAUGUACAAGCUUAAACUCAAACAGACAUAUGAGCAGGAUGCAGUGAGUUUACUUAGACUGUUGAUUAUAGUACUGAUAGUACGCUAACACUGAUGUUAGCAAAUAAAGUGACUCAACCUCAAAUGCAUAUUAAGAAAGGGUAUGUAGGUAUGUUGUAGGUCAUUAGUCACCUGCAGUGAUCCCAGCAUAGCAGAUCAGUGCAUCUCCCCAUUAAGAGAGGUGCUGUGGGAAGAUGUACAGUCCUGUGCAUUCAUUGAUCAUUAAAGUCUUCAGACACACCAGAUGGAUCUGUUAAAAAACAAAUGUAAAUAACUGAAACAUGUUUUCUACACACCCAAAAAGGUCCCACGCAGUCAGUCAAGGUUAAUACACAGAAUAGUUUGAAGUAAAGCAGCUGCCCUCAAGAAGUGGGGAUUGGACUUGGACUUGGAUGCAGAAAAUUGGCUGUCAUCUCAGACUCAGACUUGGACUCAGGUGAUGGGAACUCAACUCAGAUUCUUCCUCAGUAACUCGAGCUGGACGUGAACACUGAAGACUUAGGCUUUGACUUGUGCUAGAGGUUUGGUGACUUCAAUAUGGUAUGGUAAUAUUGGAAAUCCUUGUAGCCUUGCUUUUAAAAAAUAUGUUCACCAAAAUGGAUGGAUGGCCCAAUCUUAAUGUCCUCCCUAAGCCCUGAGCCCUUCUUGACUUAAUUGAGAUCAGCUGUAAAGUGAUUGAGGGCAGGAGGCUGUAAGGGCUCAGAACCGUAGAACUUGGAAUGAGACAGCACUUUGAGACUUUGCAUGUGACCUGCAUGACGUUAUGAAUCUCACCGUAGCAAUAUUAGGAAUUUUUAUUGCACAAUUUUUACUGUGUACAAAUUCAAGGCGCUUAAGGGACUGACUGACUGCCAUGUGAUCCAGGCUCUUACCAUACAGACUGCUUAACCACACAAUUUGAAAUCUAUAAAUAGGCUAUAUAACUAUAAAUAUAUUAAUUAUACUGUAUACACAUAUGUGUGAAUAUAAUUGAUUAAUGUUGUUUUCUAUAUUUAUACUUAUGGCAAACUUUUUUGCCUGUAAAUUUCGUUGCAACUUUCAUGCUUCUUUUUUACUGUCACACUUUUUUAAAUUUCAUGUUACGGCGUUUGUUUCCCUUUCCAUGCUCGCAGGCUGCCCCUGGGAAACCUGUGUCUCACGCCACAAUGCUAUGAACUCUGGAUAAUUCCCUUACUAAGUCUGCAAAAAAUGCCCACUCAUGGAAAGGUGGCAUAAAGGGCUCAACAAGUCAGUGAGAGAUCCCUCACACACUUGAUGAUUUGACAGUGGGGCAGCCUCAAAGUCAGUGAGUGAUUGAGGGUGGGCAUUGAGAUUGGGCCAAUGACUUUAAACCAAGUGUAAAGUUUUAACCUGAGUAAGUAUCAGCAGUAUGAACUAAAAUCCUGAGAAUAUGCUGUAUAACUGAUCCAUAGACUCACACCUGUGGUCAUCUUUUACUUUAAUCUCCAGAGAUAGAACUUGUGUACCUGAUCUUGACUUUAAUGAACAACAGGCAGAAGUGUUCUUCACCUGCCUCUUAUUGACAGCAACAGAGGUAGUCUUCAGUGAGUCAGUGACCUGUGGUGUCCGGUGUCUGGGACAAAAUACAGGUGACCUGGGUGUGCACCAGCCAGACUGGAAAAUCCUGUUUGUUUGCAAUUCCCUGUUAUGCUUCUGGUCAGUGAGGGUUCUCGCAAGAUCAGGGAGCAAACAGAACUGUUAACUCCUAACAGAUUAUUCAAAAGGACAAAUAAUGUAAAAAAUAGUUUUCUUUUUUAUUCUUUUCUUUCAAAUAAUAGAAGUCUUUGACUCUGAAAAAAAUCAAUUGAGAAAUUUAACUUGGCUUGAUGUAAGACUAAAGUGGCAGACAGCCAAACAAAAGCCAAAAACUUACAAAGGCAUAUUGUUACAUCUCAGGGUCUGACAUGAGACACGCAGCUCAGCCAGAGUGCUGCUUUACAUAGGUUAACUCUUAUCUACACAGCUCCUCUUAGUCAUUAAUGCAAGUGACAUGUGUUGGUUGAGAUCUGACUGACUGGAAAUGUCUUUUCCUGAACCUUAUCCUCUCUGUUAUAUAUCAGUCUCACUCUGAUUGGAAUGACAUUUUGGAAUCAAGACAUAAAUGCUUGAAAUAUGUAAAUGUGGAUAUGUAAAUCAAAUAACAAUCCAUUGUAAUGCAGCACAGCAGCACACUCUCUGCCAGACUAGUUAGGACAAAUGAGGUAGUGCUGCAAAUAGCAGGGUUCUUGAACAGCAACAAUGCCAUCCAGUGUUCACUGAGGUAAUUGCCAGUUAAAAUGCUCCAGAUAUAUGAGGAGUUAAAGGGGUUUUUAUCACAUACCGUAUGUAUGUAUAGGCAUUACAAGUGGUAUAUGUAAAAGAAGGAUCACAGCAUGAAUACCGUACCAAAGAUCUUAGAAAAAGGAUAAAAACUACAGAUAUUUUCAGAGUGUUGUCAGUUAUCUGAAGCCGUUAAAAAAAAAGCUCAUGGAGGUUUUUGCUCCAAACCAUGGAAUGAUUAUUCACACUUAAAAGAUUAAGCCAUUAGUACCUUUUCUCAGCCAUACAAAAGAAGAGAAUAAAGUACCUUUAUUUUGUUCUGUAACAGGGAACAGGUUGGGGGAAAGUCACUUCCACAGCUUGACACACACAUAAAGAGUAAAAUAAAAUAAAAAUGUUUAGAUGUGCAUCCAAA